CGGAUUUUUUCCGGAAUGGAUUCCAAAAUUAAACGAAUGUUUACAUGUCAAAAAAUAGAAUUUUGUCAUCAUAAACUUCACUUCAAUACACCAUAUGAGAGUCAAUGAACUACAACUAAAUGUUUCACACGUAUAAAUCAUCAACAGAUUUAUAUGAAUGCCAUCUCUGAUGGAAGAGAAUUUUAAGAUGUCACAGUCUGCUGAGUAUGACCCACUCAUUACCAAUCAAGAAGACCAAUCUGAUGUCAAUCCUGAUGCUGUUCCAUAUGAAGAAGCUCUGAAAGAAACAGGUUAUGGUAGAUUCCAUUUUAAGGUACUAGCGUUAUGUGGAUGGGCAGUAUCCAGUGAUGCCAUUGAGGUGCUAUCAGUUUCAUUCCUUUUACCAGCAGCAAGCUGUGACCUUGACAUUGGAUCCACAGAUAAAGGAUGGCUCAAUGCUAUUGUUUUUAUUGGUAUGUUAUUGGGAGGUUAUUUCUGGGGAUCAUUAGCUGACCACCAAGGAAGGAGGUCCAUUUUGAUGUGGUCUCUAACAGUGAAUGGAAUAGGGGUAUUGGCCUCCAGUGUAGUACAAACAUUCUGGGCUUUCCUACUCUGUAGGUUUAUUAGUGGAAUUGGUGUUGGAGGAAGUAUACCAGUUAUAUUUUCAUAUUUCACUGAAUUUCAACCCAAAGAAAAAAGAGGAAUGAUGAUCAGUGCCUUGGCUACAUUCUGGAUGUGUGGGAACAUUAUAGCUGCAGGUUUGGCCUGGGCAAUAAUUCCACGUGAUAUAGGAUAUAUCUCAUCAAGUUUUAAAUUCUCUAGCUGGAGGAUAUUUGUAGCUACAUGUGCUGUACCAAGUCUGUCUUCAGCUUUCUUAUUCACAAUGAUGCCUGAAAGUCCUAAAUUUCUUCUUAUAGCUGGCAAAGCAUCUGAAGCCAUCAAAGUACUUACUAAAGUACAUGACAGUAACUUCUCACACAGGAAGUCAAAAGAAUACAAGAUAAAAUCCCUGAUACUAGCCACAGAUACAAGUAGAGCUGAAUAUCUAGAACAACACAAUGGAGAUGUGGGCUGUAUAGCUAAACUAGGAACAGGUUGUACUGUGUUAAAAGAAUCAACAAAACAAUUAUUUCGACCUCCUUUAUUAAAGAGUACAGUUUUAAUGUUAAUAGUCAACUUUGUUUUAGCUUUUGGGUACUAUGGACUUUGGAUGUGGUUUCCAGAAUUAUUUAGUCGAAUGAAGGAUGGUGGCUCCCCUUGUGAUCAUUCUAAUUCCAAUUUUAUAAACCAGACAAGUAAAAAUGAAACUACUUGUAAUUACAAAGACAAUUGGGUGUAUUUCUCUGGAUUUAUGACUGCUCUGUCAAACUUACCAGGAAAUAUUCUAACAAUUUUCUUAAUGGACAGAAUAGGACGAAAGCAGUUAUUAGCAAUGAGUAUGGUGUUGUCAGGUGUGAGUGUGUUCUUCAUACCACUAAUCCACAAUAAGUAUGAGAAUCUGGGUAUAUCUUGUGUAUUUGGUGCUGUUUCUACUGUAGGAUGGAAUGCCUUAGAUGUUUUAUCAGCUGAAUUAUUUCCUACAUCACUAAGAUCAACAGCCUUUGGUAUUAUGUCUGGUAUUGGUAGAAUAGCAGCCAUUUUAGGAAAUUUAACAUUUGGUGAAUUAAUUGAUGUACAUUGUGCAAUACCUAUGAUAAUUGUUGCUGCUUUGUUAGUAUUUGGAGGGUUGGCAUCGAUCAAACUGCCAAACACAACUAAGGCAGAUAUUCAUUGAUAUUUAGAUCAUUUGGAGAUUUUUCUGCAUUUCUUAACCUUAAUUGUGAACAAAAUAAGAAGAAGUAGUAUGAUCAGAGGUGGAUUUGAGGGUUUUUCAAGGGGCCAGCCCCUCCCCCUCCCCCUUUUCUGGGAAAAAAUGGUUGAUUAAAUAAGGAAUCACUGAAGCAUGACUGGAGCGAGCCUCCUCUUAGGCAGUCAGUGGGCCACAACUUUUGAAAAUUUCUGGAAAUGCCACUGUAUGAUUGCCAUCAAGACAACCCUCCACAAGAAUCUACCGUAAACAUGAUAAAGCAUAGAGAAAGGUAAAAUUUUGUUUUAUGUAUAAAUAAUUUUAUUCCAUUGUUAGAAUAUUUUAUACAACAAACACCCUGGUGUUAAAAAUGAAUCACACAAAGGUUUAAAUUGUAUCCCUAAUACAUCAAUGUUAUCAGGUGCUUUGGUAGAUAAUUUGUUUUGAUACCAUUCUAUUGGUUACUUUGUUUUCUUAUAUUAACACAGUAACCAAUUCUCCUUUCUCCACUCUCAGCAUUUUUUUUUAUCUUAAGAUACUUACAAUAGCUUACAUGUUGAAAAUCUAUAAAUGUUACCAUCUUAUGUUGAAAAUCUAAGAAUUAAACAAUCGUAUGUUGAAAAUCUAAAAUUUAAACCAUCUUAUGUUGAAAACCUAAAAAUUCAACCAUUUUAUGUUGAAAAUCUAAAAAUUCAACCAUCUUAAUAUGUUGAAAAUCUAAAAAUUAAUCCAUCUUAUGUUGAAAAUCUAAAAAUUAAACCAUAUGUUGAAAAUCUAAAAAUUAAACCAUCUUAUGUUGAAAAUCUUAAAAUUCAACCAUCUUAUGUUGAAAAUCUUAAAAUUCAACCAUCUUAUGUUAAGAAUUUUUAUUAAUCACUAACAGAGGGAAUCAAAACUGUUUGCUAUAUGCAUGUAUAUAACAGCAAAUCAGUUUAGGUAAAAAGGAAAUAGAUGAGCAAACCUUUAAGAUUAUACUGCUGUUUAUUAGAUUUUAGCCUAUGUAUUUGAGGUGAUGCAUAAUGUAAAGUGACUACUGAGGAAGCAUUGAUUUUUGUGGGGUUUAAAAUUUCAUGGUUUUGUCUCUAUAUAAGAUUCACAAAUUUCAUGUGGAAUUAAUUUUGUGGUUUCAAAUAAAUGGAAGUGAUAUUAUAUGUAAGUUAAAUUUUCAUGGUUUUUUAACUUUGUGGAUGUAAUUCUUUCCACGAAAUAAACAAAAUUAAAUCUUUCACAAAAAUUUCUGCUUUUACAGUAUAAACUUUAUCAUGCUUGUACUUUUUUUACAUAUUUAUACAUGUACAACUUUUUACCAAACAAAAUUAAUAAAAAUAUGAUCUGUUCUGAAAUGUACUAAAACUAAAAUAUAGAUUCUAUGCUGACAUGGAUUAUCUGGUUGAAGACUCAAGUUUAAAUUGAUAUGUCUCUCCCAAGUGUAUUUUGCUGUAUGAUAUCUGCUUAUUGUUUUAUAUUCUUAUGAUCUGUUAUAACCUACCUCUUUAAAACAUAAACAAUGAAAAAAGGGGGGGGGACAAAUUAAGAAGCCUUUUGGAUUUCAGUUUUGUUACCAAGAUUUAAAGCAAUACGAUAAAUUCAUUGAUUUUAAAAAUUGAAGUUCUUUUAUAGCCUUUAUGUUAAGAACUUAUAUGUUGUUUACAGAAGUGAUGCACUUUUUAAAACGAGUAACUCCACUAGUCUAUUUAUGUGACAUGGAUAUAUUUGUACUUAUUAAUCUGCCACUAUAUUUAUCAGGAAUUCAAUUAACUUAUGUAAUGAGAUUGUUUUGCUUAUUUGUAAAGAGAUAAUAUGAUAUAGAUACUCGGGUUUGAAGCUUGAUAUUACCAGUAAAUUGUCAUGAUGAUUUAUACCUGUAUCAUGAAUAGUAAUGAUUAUAGGUAUAAUGUAACAGUAAUACAAAAUGUAGUGGUUUUAAUUGUAAUGGCACAUGUAUUACUGAUAAAGGUUUAAGUUUAUCCAUGAAUUCUAUGCAGGUCCAUAAAAUUGUUAUACAAUAAACUUGUCUAUGUAAAUUGUUGGCAUCAUAGUGUUGGGAGUUAAUUGUGAAAAUUGUUGAGUGGGAAAUGUAGAUUUUAUUAUUAUCAAAUAAUGAUGAUACUGAUAAGAUAUUAAUAUUUUGUUAAAUAUUUUGUUACAUGAUAUAUUUAUAAAUAAAUAAAAUGUCUUGCUUAAAAUUGUGUACUGAAAAGAUGAUCUUUUUAUAUUAAUAAAAAUGAGAUGUG